UGAUAUGCACGCAGGGCUAACGUGCGCCUGUAUGUACGCUAAUUUUAAUUCCACUCAAAGCUCCCUGUUAAGAACAGAAGGUUUAUAGAUCGAUACAAACCCUCAGUCAUCUUCUUCGUCUUCUACUUCUUCACUUCCAAAAUGUUCAAAAAGUUUUCGUAUGAAGAUGUAUCCUCACAGAACCAAGUUAAGGCGUCUGUGCAGCGAAAAAUUCGACAGAGUAUUGCAGAUGAGUACCCAGGACUUGAACCUGUUUUGGAAGAUUUGCUUCCAAAGAAGUCCCCUUUAAUUGUCGCCAAAUGUCAGAAUCAUCUGAAUCUGGUGAUGGUGAACAAUGUCCCCCUGUUUUUUAAUGUCCGUGAUGGGCCUUACAUGCCUACCCUACGACUUCUUCAUCAAUAUCCAAACAUAAUGAAAAAGUUACAAGUAGACAGGGGUGCAAUAAAAUUUGUCCUUGCUGGUGCAAACAUAAUGUGUCCUGGACUUACAUCUCCAGGUGGUGCUUUGAAUGAAGAAGUGGAAGCAGAAACUCCUGUGGCUAUAAUGGCUGAAGGAAAACAGCAUGCUCUUGCGAUUGGCUUUACAAAAAUGUCAGCAAAAGACAUAAAGGCAAUCAACAAAGGAAUUGGGGUAGACAACAUGCAUUAUCUGAAUGAUGGUCUGUGGAAGAUGGAGCGUCUAGAUUGAAGAUUUGCCAAGAGCAACUGCAGUAACAUCUAAAUUCAAGACAAAGAAAGUUAAGUUUAUUGGCAUCAUGCUUGCACUGCAGCUGUGUCUUGUAGAUGUUGCAAAAAGGAGUUGUGUAAAUUUUUGUUCGGUUAUCUUUAUUUGUUUCCCUAUAAACAUUACAGAUAUUGUUUUUACCUCAAAGAUUUUUCCCUUAAUCAGGUUAUUAUGCCUUUUCCUGUACUUCAGUUUAACUCCCCUUCCAGUGGGUGUUCUGAAAUCCAGGAUGUUUGCCCAGUUAACUUACUUAUGUGAUUGGUUUCGAUUGA